AUGCUUGAAGCUAUGGAUAUCGUUCUAGUAUGCUUAGGCACCGUCGUUUUGUUACUGGCUUUAUUCGCCUUCCUUCUAUUUUUGAUCAUCAAGCGACCAAUUUGGCAACAAAAACAGAAAGCAAAGCAAGAGGCCAACAGAAAAUGCUAUCUAGACCAGACUCAUGUGAAUCCUGUGUCGCUCAAAAAUGGAGCACUUCCGAAUGUCAUCACCGUCCCGGCAUCAGCACCUGAUGUGCACCUCAAAGCUGCUGGUAAUGAGGAGGAGGAUGUGAAGGAAAAGCAAGUCGACACAGAUGGAAUCAAUCUGACAGUGGAAAAGAUCUCGGAGGUGGUUGACGUCCGGAGACAAGACGAUUCACAACAGUCUCGAUUAGCUACUUCGAUCAAGAGACAGAAUAGACCAUGCAGAAUCAAACUGUUUCCCGAUGUGGCUACAGCAGCACAGGCAGAAGCCGUUCAAACAGAGCACACAGUUGAAAGCUUCAUGGGAGACUUGUAUAGAAUUCGGCAAGGCAACGACUCGGUUCUUCACGAGGAAUUUCAGAUACUUGAAACAUGGGACUCUGCAAGAGAGAAGAAUUGCACUGCAGCCGAGAAGAAGCGAACUCGAAACCGCUUUGUAGACAUUUUGCCAAAUGACGACACACGAGUGAUACUUCGAGGUCCGGAUGACUACAUCAACGCCAGUUUGAUAGACGGUUACAAUAAUGCUGGACAGUUCAUUGCGGCACAAGGACCUAUUGGUCCUGAAGAAAUUGUAGAUGAACGAAAAGAGAGUACGGUGGAUGACUUCUGGAGAAUGAUAUGGGAGAAGAACGUGCAAUGUGUGCUCAUGCUCACUGACUGCGUCGAGAACAUGAGGCAGCGGUGUGCGCGAUACUGGCCGUUACUAGGAGAGAUGCGACGGUUUGGCGAUGUGCAAGUGAACUUAAUCUCUGAGUCAGUUGAUCCAAUUUGCAUACACCGAGAAUUCGACAUUCGAAACGACGAAGAAACCAGGCAGGUUUCGCAGUACCACUUUCUGAACUGGCAAGAUGCCAGAGGUCCAGAGUCCAUCGUUCAUCUGCUGGAUUUCGUCGAAAGGGUGAUGCAUAAACAGUAUCGAAAGCCAAUCGUCGUUCACUGCAGUGCCGGCGUCGGUCGGACCGGAGUAUUGAUCGCGUUGUGGAGACUAAUCGAGAAAGCACAAAAAGAACGUGUGAUCGACAUCUUCGGGACAGUAGACAAUCUUCGCCGGCAACGUAGCCGCAUGGUGCAGACUCCUGAGCAAUACCUCUCCUUGUACGAAGCAAUUUCACUUGUGAUUACGGAGAAGAGAUUGUAA